UUCACUCACUUCCAAACUGAAGAAAAGUGUUGUCUGCUGGUAUAUACAUUUUUUGGUCAUUUUUGGCUCGGAUACAAAUAUUUUUUUUCACAUAUUUAUAUUCUCUACAUAUGUUCAUCUUUUUUGUUUGUCAGCUGUUAUAUUGCAGUAUUUAUUUUGAUGACUGAACGAAUAUGUGGAGGUGUUGUUGAGUGCUGUUAAUUUACACGGCACCUUCUAGCAUACGCCCCUUUCCAGAAGGACUUAAAUGCGAGCGCGGCGGACGUACACUUCGCAGUCCAAGCCAGUCAAAGAGGGGAUGCUGUAGAGAGAACCAGCCUCAGGCAGCAAUUGUCUGUACUUGACAUUUCUACCCUAGUUCGUACAGUUGCAGUUUCCUGCCCCAAGAUGAAGACCAUUCUUGCCGCAUACUCCGGAGUCCUGCGAGGCACCGGAUCCAGCAUCCUCUCCUCCCUUAAAGACCUGCCUGCGACUCCUUGGCUGUCCCGAUCCAAGAUGGAGAAACAGCUCCAGAUGAUCUCUGUGCUCCAGUGGGUCCUCUCCUUCCUCGCCAUGGGUGCUGCCUGCACAGUGCUCCUAGUCUACCUGUUCUGCACGGACCUGUGGGUGAUAGCGGCCAUGUACUGUGCUUGGCUCAUAUUCGAUUGGAAUACACCAAAAGAAGGAGGCCGCAGGUCGUCCUGGGUGAGGAACUGGGCCGUGUGGACAUACUUCAGAGACUACUUCCCCAUCAGACUCAUUAAGACGCACGACCUUCUGCCCAGCCGUAACUACAUCUUCGGCUACCACCCCCAUGGCAUAUUCUGCUUUGGUGCCUUCUGCAACUUUGGGACUGAGGCCACGGGAUUCUCCAAGAAAUUCCCAGGAAUCAGGCCCUCAUUGGCCACGCUGGCUGGGAAUUUCCGGAUGCCUGUUCUACGGGACUAUCUCAUGUCCGGAGGCAUUUGUCCAGUAAAUCGCAAUUCCAUCAAUUACUUGCUAUCACGGAGUGGAACUGGCAAUGCUGUGGUCAUCGUUGUUGGCGGUGCAGCGGAAUCACUUGACUGUGCCCCAGGAAUGAAUUCUGUCACACUCAAAAGCCGCAAAGGCUUCAUAAAGCUGGCUCUUCAGCAAGGGGCUGACCUGGUGCCGGUGUAUUCCUUUGGGGAAAAUGAAGUGUACAAACAGGUGAUCUUUGAGGAGGGCUCCUGGUGGCGGUUCGCCCAGAGGAAGCUGCAGAAGUUGCUGGGAUUCGCCCCCUGUGUCUUCCAUGGCUGUGGCCUCUUCUCCUCAGAUUCUAUAGGCAUGGUACCCUACAGCAGACCCAUCACCACCGUAGUGGGAGAGCCCAUCACUGUGCCAAAGUUCGAGGAGCCCAGUCAGGACGUUGUGGACAUGUACCAUGCCAUGUACAUCAAGUCUCUCAGGAACCUCUUCGACAAGUACAAGACCCGGUUUGGGCUGAAGGAGAGUGACGCGCUGCUUAUCCAAUGAGAGCGAGGAGGAGACGUCACCUCACAAGCCAGCUGACCCUGACCAGCGGCCUCCGCUGCCGUGCCGACCAGCCCUCCCUCCCCUCCGCACACCCCACCAAAGUGCUUUAUAUGGAGAGUAUGAUAUUGUGAAAAUGCAAUAGAAAAAUGUGCAAGUGUGAAGACAUAAGCCUCUGUCGCCCGGUUGUAAAGGUGAAAAUGUCAGUGAAGUGAAGUACAUUGACCUGUUAAAACACUACGUUGGGAAAGUGCUGUUAAAUUGUUUUAUCCACUCUCAAAUUCAGAUCUGUUGACAUCGAUACGGAGUGGUACAGGUAGCGUUUGUAAUUCCCACCACUUUGCAAAAUGGUACAAAACAAAUCAACAGGUGCAAGAGUUUGAUAUGAAUGUGCCAUUGUACUCCCCUGCCACUAGGUGGCAAUACUAAAUAAUUUGAAAAGAAUACGGAUUCUUUUUGAGGAUGAAAAAAAGCGGCACUCAACAGACUUGAAAAGUUCUCAGUAUUUUAUACACUGAUUAUAUAUCAAUAUAGAGAUGUUUUUUUGUUUUUUUAAUUGCACAAGCAAUGCACCGUGUUGCCUGACUAUCACUUGCAUUAUGUUGUUGCCAAAGAAUUCUGCAGAUACACUCAGUUGCCAGGCAAGGAACACUGGACUACAGUUAAUGCAGUUUAAUAUACUAGUUCCAUAGUAAAUCUUAGUUUCAUGAAGGAUAUGAUACUCUGUAUUUGUUAAAUUAAUUCAGACAACUGUUGAACCAUCAGUGUGCUCAUUUUGCAGGCUGCAGCUAUGGUGCUGAAAUUGUAUUGCACGACACACAUUUCUUUUGUUUUGACCAACCCAUUUGAAGCCAGUCAAAAUAACAGAAAUACCUUUGUGUUUAAUUAAGUACAGUUUAACAGCACCACUAAGUACCACUUACCACUUUCCAAAAUGAUCAGACAUUUGAAAUGCCCUCUCAAAUAGGGUUUCAACAUAGACUGAACAUUAUAACAACCAUGAAGGAAGAUUUAUUAUAAGACUUUUAUUAGACCGCAUUUGUGUUUCAUUACGUCUGCCUAGUAAUCAGGCAACGGAGAAUGUAUGAGAUACAUGUUAUGAAAAGAAUUAAAAAGAAGAAAAAGUUAUUUUGCUACUGUAUGUUGAGUGCCACUGUUAAUUAUAAAUACCUACCAACCAAAAAUGCAAGGUUGUAAAAGCACAAAGUAUUCUAUGAACAAUGACUGUGUGUUGUGCCUUUUCCUAUACCGGUUAUGAAGCUAAAGCAUAGGCCUAUCUGUAGCAUUCCCUACUUUCACAUGUCAUUGUGAUCCCAUUUUGUCUCCUGGUUUCUCCCUCCAGUGUGUGUCCUUCCAUUUAUACUCUGCUGUAUUGAGUGUUUAUAUUGCCAAACAUUUCACACCUUUUUAUACAAAUUGAAUAUUUCUUUAACAUCAAAUGAUUGGUGCAUAGCCAGAUUGACAUGGGUUCCCAAAGGUGCAGCAUUUGUAUGAUAGGCCAACACAAUAACAAUAAGCUGUCUGUUCCACUGGUCCUAUAAUAAAAUGGUCGCUAUUAACAUAGCUUCUCUGAAUGCUUUGGUGUGAGGACAAUGUGGAGAAAUUCAAAUGGUUUGAGUUUCAUACAUUUUGUGCCAACAUUGCAAACACAGGGCUGGAAUGAGUCCAGAUGACAAAAAUACAAUGCUGAAAUACAGGUGGAAUAAUUUGUUGAAUGUCUGUUUGAUUUCUCUCUGCUUGAGUGUGUUAUACUUCCUGCUGAGAAAAAAAAACAAAACAAGAAAAAAGUGUAUGUUUCUAUGGAAUUCAUGUGCAAUAAAAACAUUCAUCAAGUUA